UGUCUUUAGAAAAACACACAGAAAUGUCAGUCAGUCAACCGUUUACUUAAACAAUUGAUUAAUUAGGUUUUUUAUUUAUGAAAUGUUUAGACGUUUAGUUUCGGGAGAGUUACUUAUUCUAAAGUGGAGCCAUUCUCAGUCGUGGAAAUGUCGAAGAUUACUGUCGUGCAACUCCGUUAUCGGUCCCGACCAUGGACAGGAACUGUCGAGAGAGCAGCGAACAGUUCCAACCAAACAGGUUCCUUCCCGACCUGAGAAACAGAAACGGGUGUGUAAAGUCAUAUUGGACCAUUUUGACCAACAGUACAGCCAGGAACUCGGCCCCUUAUGGCCGUCUGCAAGGGCUGUGUUGUUGAACCCUGGGUGUUGGCAGUAUGGGGUGAUGCUCAACCGCUUUACUGCUGUAUCAGACCUCAAACUACGCCUCCAAGGGCAAGGCUUCACCAGGCUACUACCCCACACAGACACAACCUCAGCCCUGCCUCUUAACUCCUCUCUACCCCAGCCUAGCUCCAGCCCUCACCCUGCCUCUCUCCCCCAGCCUAGCUUCAGCCCCCAGCCUAGCUCCAGCCCUCACCCUCACCCCGGUCCUCCUCCUCUCCCUCCCUCCCUGCAGUGUUUCAUCCACCCCUCCCCGGUGCGUUACCCCUCUCCUCCCCACCGCCAGGGCCAGUUAAAACUCUACUACCUGCUGAACGCUGCCUCCCUGCUGCCUGUCUUAGCCCUGGGGGUAGAGGACGGGGACAGGGUCCUGGAUCUCUGCUCUGCUCCUGGAGGGAAGGCCUUGGCUAUACUACAGACUGCUAACCCAGCUCUGUUGUGUUGUAAUGAAACGGACCCACACCGAAGUGAUUGGCUGGCCAAAACUCUGGAAUCCUUCAUCCCCCAAUGGCUGAGCAGCACUGUCACCGUGUCCAAUCAGGAUGGACGGAUCUUUGGGCAGAGUGAAGCCGGAACGUAUGACAAGGUGCUGGUGGAUGCUCCUUGUUCUAAUGAUCGUAGAUGGCUGUUCUCCUCUGGGACAGGAGGGGAGCAGGAAGGAGUUGUGAGGCUGAGGGAGAGGGCCAGGCUGCCCACACUACAGACACAACUGCUCAAGUCUGCGCUGACUGCGGUGCGUCCAGGGGGCGUGGUCGUCUACUCCACCUGCACGCUGUCCCGCUCUGAGAACCAGGAAGUGGUAGAGGCGGUCCUAAACACCUGUCCAGGGGUGGAGCUUCAAGACCUGGAGGAGGAGCUAGCCCUUCCUCUCCAGGAACACUUCACCUUCGCCACGUUAGGCCACACCCCCUCGUUAGGCCUCCUUGUGGUCCCACAGCAGGGCCAGACCUGGGGACCUAUGUUCCUGUCGCGCAUCAAGAGGACUCACUGACUGACUGACUGACUGACUGACUGACUGACUGACUGGUUGGUUGAUUGGUUGGUUGGUUGAUUGGUUGGUUGAUUGACUCGCUGACUUCCUGUCGCGCAUUCAAGAGGACUCACUGACUGACUGACUGACUGACUGGUUGGUUGAUUGGUUGAUUGAUCUCGCUGACUUCCUGUGGCGCAUUCAAGAGGACUCACUGACUGACUGACUGACUGACUGGUUGGUUGAUUGGUUGAUUGACUCGCUGACUUCCUGUGGCGCAUUCAAGAGGACGAACUGACUGACCAUGUCAGACACUGAGGCUGCUCUUCAAGGGUCCCACAAUGCAACAGGUUUUCAUUUGAUGGCUACUUCUAAGAGCAUGUGAAACCAAGGUAUGCGUUCGAAAUGGCACCCUAUAUUUCAUUGGGUAGAAAAAGGAGUAAAAAGUACCAUAAAAACAACAAAAAAAGAAAGUGAUCUUUCCACGAUCCUAUUUCACUUUUUCGUGUCAAAAACCGAAUAAACACUGCUGCACAUUC